UUAUUGUUUACUGUCUAAUGUCAUGUCAGUGAUGUCAAAUUGUACUUGUUAGUUGUUAAUAUUGUGGUUUUUUAGUGAAUUUGUGCACAUUCACACUAUUAAAUCCAACUAUGGUGCGUAAUUAUAAACCAAAGCCUGGGUCCAGGCAAUAUAGAAAAUAUGACCCAGAAAUAAUGAAGAAGGCAUAUAAAGAGUUUCUUAAUGGUGAAGGCUCGUUGUGUAGUAUUGCAAGGAAAUAUAACAUAACCAAGUCAUGUCUAUAUGGCCGCAUCCAUUAUAAUAGAACUAAUGAAACUGGAGGACGAAAAGCUUUUACUUUAGAGAGAGAAGAACAUAUUAUAAAAUACAUACACGCUUGCGCACCGUGGCAAUACCAUCUGCAGUUUUGGGAUUUAAGAUUGCUUAUAAAAUUUUAUCUGGACAGACGUCCGGUGAUUGCUAAACGGAAAUUAGAGAAUAAUUUACCAGGACAAGAACUCGUGACGAAAUUGAUAAAAAGACAAGAAGACACCAUAUCACAGAAAGUCAUUCAAAAGAUUAACGAUAACGGCGCAGUCACAGCCGAAGCUGUUCUCAGUUAUUUUCAUGAACUGAAAAUGUUGAUCAAUGAUCUGGAUCCGCAAAAUAUCGUUUGCUAUAAUGAUAUUUUUAUUAUCGAUGAAGUUGAAGAUAAUAAAAUAAAAGAAAGUGAAAAUUUCAAAGUAAACAAUAUGCUUGUAAUGCUGGCAGCUUCAGCCGCAGGAGAGGUCUUAGAUCCUCUCAUUUCGUAUAAAGAGAAACCUUGUUAUGAGAAAACUCCAAGAAGGUCUAUAAUGUCCAAGCAUUUACAUGAAGAACGAAAACGGCUGAAUACAAGUAUUUUCGAAGAUUGGUUCAAAUCUAUCAUUGUCCCUUACUAUGAAGGAAAAUCAGGAAAAAAGUGCUUAAUAGGCGGUUUCUUUUCGUCGCGUAUUACUAAAGAUAUACUUGAAAUGUGCAAAGAACACGAUAUACAUUUUGUAUUUUUGCCAGAUAACUCUAGUAACUUGACGCAACCUCUCUACAACCUAUCGCAACUGAUUCAAAAGACAUGGAGUGGUAUACUUCCUCAGGUAAAAAUAGACAGCAGUCAAUACACAAUCCCGAAACAAAGUUUUUUUGAAAUGACACAAAAUAUCAUUGCUAAUGCAACUGAUACAGUUUUAGAAGGUUUUGAAAAAACUGGAAUAAAGCCAUUCAAUCCGGAAGAAGUAUUAAAACAAUUGCCUGGAUAUAAUGAAACAAUUGAAGAUGUGGUUGAAGACUUUGAAAAGCGUGAAGCGGAAGCGCAAGAAAUAGCAAUUCAAGUGAAAACAGAAAUAGAAUAUAGUGACCAAUAUAGUGACGAUGACUACGACGACGACAUUUCAAGUAAUUACAUAGGGAAAAAUAACGCUAAAGAAGAAAAGCAAAACACUGACAGCUUAUCCGAAACUAAACAGCAUGAUGAUGACAUGCCUGAAGAUAAAAUUAAUUUAAAACUAUCACCUGUAGAUUUUCAAGAGGAUAUGGCAUGUGAAGAUUAUACGCCAAAAAAUAUGAUGGUGAACAUAGACUAUGUUCCAAGGUCAUCCAGAGGCCGUAAACUAAAACUGAAAAGAAAAGAAGAUUUAUAUUCAGAUUCGGAUUACGAACCGACAGACAAACCCGCUCCAAAAAAACGCGCGGUCAACAAACAACAAUCGACAGGGAGAAGGAACACCAAAGUUUCUACCGACGGUACAGAGGUGGAUCCACUAUCGAGCGGUCAGAGUGGCACCUACUUGCAAGUUAAUGAAAAUCAACUUGAAAAUGGUACUUCGGUCUCGCAAACACAGCUGCUAGAAGCGAUCCUAUCAACUGUAACUCGUCAAGAGAAGCUGCAAGAACGCGCCACGAUAGCCAUAGAAACGCAGGCUUCAGCGCUGUCCAAAAUCUCUAUGUUAUUGGAGCGAUUGGCGAAUAGUAACUUUAAGCCCUGAAUAUAAUUUAGUUAAUACCUCAGUGCCACUUGCACCAUCCCACUUACCCGGGAUUAGCCCGUUAAACCGUUAACACAUACAGUGGGAUGGUGCAAGUGGCGCUAAGUGACGGUAACCGUAAAACGGGGUUACUUUGAUUCGUGGGGUAAUAUUGAUCAAAGAUUUUAAUGUUAUAAAGUGCUGGUUUCUGGUUUAUUACUACAUAAUAAUACUUUCAACUGUAUCUAAUUAAUGUGUGAUGCCUCUCGCUCUUAUAUAUGUGUAUCAUCAUCAUCUUCCUCGCGUUAUCCCGGCUUUUUUGCCACGGCUCGUUGCAGCCUGGGGUCCGCUUGACAACUAAUCUCAAGAAUUGGCGUUUGUUUAAAUAAAUAAAUGUCAGCGACAUUUUGAAUUACAAAUUCUGUCUUGUUUCCAUAUAUUUUAUUUAUCACAGGUAUACAUAAGGGUAAAAACUGUAGCGUAAACGUAUAAUAAAUUAAUAAAAAUGAUGGAUGUAUCGCCAUUGAAAAGAUGUGAGAGUCAUUGAACUACAAAAAAAAGUAAGAAGGUAAUUAUUUUGAUUGUAAAAAUAGAAGUCAAUGUUUAAAAAGAUAUGUAUAAAAUCUUCAAUUUUAUCAUAUUGCUCUCCGUGCUGUAUAAAAAGAGUAGGUAUAUGUAUAAAUGUAUAUGUAGUGUAUGUGUGUAAAAGGUUUCUAUUUUCUACCUAUCUUAUCUAAGGUCGCGUGUUUGAUGACUUCUUUAAUAAAAGGUUAAU